AUGACAGCUGUGCGAGCAUCUCCCGGCAUCACGGCCAUGCGCGCACAGCUGCCGUACGUUGACUAUGAGAGAUAUACCCAUAUACCAAACGAGGAACAUGCUGGGCCAGUACGUAACGGGGCGGCGAUGCCAGUCUCGCCCCAGUGGAAGACACUUAUGCCCACCUACGGCUCUCAGCACAUAAACGACGUGGCUGACUUCUCGUUAUGGUGUGAAGAAACGGCUGAGUCCAAACAUCUGAGGCGAGAACAGCAGCUAUGGGUUCUCUGUCACUAUCACGCAAAGGAGGUAGGCUUUGAGUAUCCUCUGAUCAUAGUCAUUACUGAUACACCUCCAGGGCCUCUAACUCUCACCAUUGCCGGCAUUGCAGCGUUAUUUGUCCCAGAUGCGCCUCUCUGCACCGGCUUUAAUGUGAACACGGCCUAUGCAUCACCCCGGGUACCAGAUCCAUCUCCAGUUCUGGUGAAGAGGUGGAUGGCGCCUACGAGGAGAGAGACAGAUCUCAUACUCAAAUCCCUGGCUGGGCUGUGUAAUGUCAAGGCUAUAAACUGGUUCGGACUCUACUGUUUUAUUGAGUUACACACUAACGAUGGCAGAUCCUACAAGAGACACUCGCUGCCUGGCCGCGUUGCGGGAAAAACUACGACAUAUCAUCAUUCAGCCGACAGGUUCUGGGAUGAACCCCAGAAUCUUGAGUUAAUACGGCGCGUCGACCCUCGACUCUCCGCAGUGAUAUCUCCUUUGCAGGACCGGACGGACUAUCUGCGUGAGGGGCCAGGGGUUCUGCGGCCCGGAGUUCGCAUCGCCGCAGGUCAUCCUGACUCCUCCGCCACGCCUUCGAUGCCUGAACUUGGUACGAGCUGUGGUGUACGGCUGCGUCAUUCGACCGGCCGCCUGGCUGUCACCAUCGCAAGUCAGGCACAAGACUGUCAAGACAUAUACCACCCUGACACCACGAAUGGGUCCAAGAUUGGAACAGUUGUCGAGCGAUGGCCGAGACUAAGCAUUGCCAUGGUUGACUUGGCCUCAUCACUGCGUUUCUCAAAAAGCGGGUAUUUUCAAGCCGCUUCGCCCAAAUGGUUGGUUAGGUCAGAUAAUGUCCCCAACGGCACCUGGUGUUCGUGCGAUGGGAUGUCGACCGGCCUUGUUUUCCUUCACUGUCAAGGCCUGCGUAUCUCUAACAUCCAUGGGAAGGGCGGAUAUCCCGGGGAAUGUUCCUAUCUGGCCGAGAAAUUAUACAGCACCUUUAGGCCCGUGGGAGGGCGACUGUCUGAGGGCAUAAGGGGUGCCCCUAUAGCUAAGGAAAUGUCACGGACAGCAGACUCCGGCGGAGAUGUUUGCGGCAUGUUUUGCUCUGGUGAUGAGUCUAUCGCUAUCGCUUCGGUGCUAGACGAUAUUAUAGACGCUGGCUGGAAGUUGUAUUAA